AUGAAGGCUGCUCUUUUCCUGCUCCUCAUUGGUGUGACUGUGACAGUGUUGUGCCGUAAAAAGCACCACCACCAUCAUCCCGUAUGUCACACGCCUCCACCAAAGCCGACAUUCCUAAAAAAUGUUGGUUGCAAAGCUCGCGCAGAGUAUUACGACAUCAUGUUCAAAUGGGACGAAAAAAUCGGCAAAAUUGAAGAAGAAAUUGCUCAAUGGGCAAAAAAGUAUCAAGUUGUGGAACAACUCGAGAAGUUCAACAAUAGGACAGAGAAAUUCCGAGAAGAAUUGAAACACAAUGUCACAACUCUUGUGGCCGAGCUCCCGAAAGCUGUUGAGAAAUUUCUGAAUAUAACCCAGAACAAGAAUGUGACGCGCAAGGAAAUGACGAGGCAGCUCCGCGAUAUGGAAAAGGAAAAUUUCGAGCUGUUUGGUGUGGUGAAGUCAGCUUUCCUGGCGUUCAAACCGCACCACUGUCCUCAUCAUCACGAUUCUAUCAGCUCCGAAGAAAUUGUCGACAACUUCGUGGAUGAUUCCCAAGAUGACGAAGGUCCUGAGGAAGAUUUUGAUCCUGUCAAAGAGCUGAAAAUAAUGAAAGGAUCGAGCAUUUUCGACAUGUUUUAA